UAUCGAAACGAACAUAACCUAACUUUUUAAGUAUCUGUGAUUUCAAAUGGAUAGAAUAACAAUAAUAAGAAUAAUGAGUAUGAGGUGAGAUAAGGAGAAAUAUGGAAAAGCUUUUUUGGAAACUUGCAAAUUCUACUAGAUUGUUCAUACAAUACGGCUGUGUGGUCCACUGUUUUUUUCAAUAUGUAGGAGAUCUAGUCCUUUGUUCGGGACCAUCUAUGGAACCUACGAUAUUUACAGAUGAUAUAAUUAUCACUGAACAUAUAACACCCAGGUUUCAGCAAAUUCAGAAAGGAGAUAUUGUUAUCGCUAAGUGCCCUCACAAUCCUCUUCAGAAUAUAUGUAAACGAGUUAAAGGACUUCCUGGUGACAAGGUUUAUAUGGAUUAUGGAAGAUCAGAAAUUGUUCCAAUUGGUCAUAUAUGGUUAGAAGGUGAUAAUUCAUCAAAUUCAACCGACUCUAGAAACUACGGAGCAGUGCCCCAAGGUCUAAUUAAAAGCAGAGUUUUAUUGCGAGUUUAUCCAUUUUCGAAUGUAAAAACAUUUUAAAAUUCAUUCUUCAGUUACACAAGAAUUCUACAAAUUUGAACAAUUCAUGGUGUUAUAAAACUUCAUAUAUCAAUCCAAUAACUUAAAUCGAAUAAAAUAUAAAUAAAAUUGAACUGUACAAAUUAGACAAUAAAAAAAUAUUAAUUAUAA